CGCGCGUCCCCGUUGCCUGGAUACCGAUGCGAAACAAUCGCGGCGGCGAGCUCCCGAGGGGCAGGGUCUGGGGUGUCGCUAGCAGGGGCGGUUGGUCCUCAUUUCCCGAGGAUCCGGAGGAGGAGGCGCCACCCUUGAUUCUUCCCAGCCCGGUCCGUGGUCUGCGGGAGAGAUGCCGCUGCCCGACACCAUGUUCUGCGCGCAGCAGAUCCACAUUCCCCCGGAGCUGCCGGAUAUCCUGAAGCAGUUCACCAAGGCUGCGAUCCGCACCCAGCCCGCCGACGUCCUGCAGUGGUCCGCGGGAUAUUUUUCAGCUUUGUCGAGAGGAGAUCCACUUCCUGUGAAGGACAGGAUUGAAAUGCCUGUGGCAACCCAGAAAACAGACACAGGCCUGACUCAAGGACUCCUCAAAGUUUUGCACAAGCAGUGUAGCCACCAGCAGUAUGUGGACUUAGCAGAUCUUGAACAGAAGUGGAAAAAUUUGUGCCUGCCAAUAGAAAAAUUCAGAGCUAUCGUAGAUUUGGAUCCUUGUGAAGACAAAAUGGAGUGGAUGAAAUUUUUAGCACUUGGAUGUAGCACACUUGGUGGGUCGAUCAACACUGCGAUGAAGCACAUUUGCGAAAUCCUCACCGCCGACCCCGAGGGCGGGCCGGCACGUGUCCCGUUUGAGACGUUCUCCUGUGUCUACCGGUACUUGUCCAAACUGGAAGGGACUGUACCGCCAGCGGAGAUGGAAUCCUAUCUCGCCACGCUGAAGGAGACCGUAGACAAGAGAAAGAACGGCAUGAUAGCACUUUCAGAUUUCUUCAUUACAAAGAGGAAAGUUUAAAAAGCCUGGAAAAGAAAAUCUCAAAAGACAAAUAACUCAUUAAUUCAGAAAAGAAGAGAUUUUAAAGUAGAA